AUGUCGGAAACACUGCCGAAUAACAAAAAACAACUUCAAAGGCAACUGCGGGAACGCAAGCAUCGUAAGCUUUACUCUGAUGAGUGGGCUCUUGGAGACGAUGAAGCUGAAGGUGGACGGGGUUUUUCCCUUGCUGAUAAGCUGGAAAGCUCUCGCUUUGAACAUGCAGGAGCUGUCUUGGAGAUGGUUGGUUCAGAUCUCACCGUAUCAUAUUUGCAAAAGAAUGGAUUCACCACUCCAUUACUUUUUAAAGAAAAAAUUGGAUUGGGGUUAAGGGUGCCAACCAGUAACUUUACCGUGAACGACGUGCGCAUGUGCGUCGGCUCUAGGCGCUUACUUGACGUCAUGGAUGUAAACACGCAGAAAAAUAUUGAGAUGACCAUGAAGGAUUGGCAACGUUACUACGAUGAUCCCAACAAAGAGCGGCUGCUAAACGUGAUUUCGCUAGAGUUCUCUCACACUCGCCUAGAGAACUACGUGCAGGCACCACGCAUAGUGCGUCUCAUAGACUGGGUCGACACCGUGUGGCCGAGGCACUUGAAGGAUCAACAGACUGAAUCAACAAAUGCUUUAGAUGAUAUGAUGUACCCGAAGGUGCAAAAGUACUGCCUCAUGUCUGUGAAGGGCUGCUACACAGAUUUCCACAUCGAUUUUGGUGGUACUUCAGUGUGGUACCACAUUUUGAGAGGUGCAAAAGUAUUCUGGCUUAUCCCACCGACAGAAAAAAAUCUCCAGUUGUAUGAAAAGUGGGUGCUCUCUGGCAAGCAGUCGGAUGUUUUCUUUGGAGAUACGGUUGAGAAAUGUAUUAGAGUCCAUUUGCAAUCGGGGUAUACAUUCUUUAUCCCGACUGGUUGGAUCCACGCCGUGUAUACGCCAAGUGACUCUUUAGUAUUUGGUGGGAACUUUUUACAUCAGUUUGGCAUUGAGAAGCAACUGAAAAUUGCACAGGUUGAAGAUGUUACAAAGGUGCCACAGAAAUUUCGUUACCCGUUCUUCACAGAGAUGCUAUGGUACGUGCUAGACAGGUACGUGAGCGCGCUGCUCGGGCGCUCCCACCUCGCGCCCGAGGGCCAGGCGCCGCCCGCGCUGCCGCCCCCGCCCAAGGAACACGUGCACUUGACACAGAAUGAGUUGCAUGGUUUGAAGGCCAUAGUGGUAUAUCUCCACCAGCUCCCUGCGGCUCGUAAGUCGGUGCCCGAGUUAUUGACGGAUCCCAUAGCUCUCGUACGCGAUGUACGGACUUUGGUCGAGCAACAUAGACAUGAUAAGCAGCACCUCGCUGUCACUGGCGUACCUGUAUUGAAAGGGCCAGAUGAAGUCACAUCGGGAGAACGGAGGCAGUCAAGCGGUCGCGGCGGUCGUGGCGGCCACCGCGGCGGCCCGGCGCGGCCUCGCCCCGAACAUGCCAAUAGCGCACCGCGUAGACGACGUACUAGGUGCAAGAAAUGUGAGGCAUGCCAGCGCACUGAUUGCGGUGAUUGCGUUUUCUGCCACGACAUGGUAAAGUUCGGUGGGCUUGGACGCGCCAAACAGACCUGUAUCAUGCGACAGUGUUUGCAACCCAUGUUGCCUGUAACGGCGUCGUGUGCAGUGUGUCACCUCGACGGCUGGAUGCAGACGCCGGUCGCGCCUCAGGCUAAGGGUAACUCGGGUCGCAAUGGUCCAUCGUCACUACGCGAGUGCUCAGUGUGCUACAGCAUCGUGCACCCCGCGUGCGUGCCUCCCGGCGGUCAGAUCAAUGAAGAUUUGCCCAACUCAUGGGAAUGCCCCACUUGUACUACUAUGGGAUUGAAUCAUGAUUAUAAACCUCGUCAUUUCCGUGCUCGCCAAAAGUCUUCGGACCUGCGCCGCAUGAGCGUGGGCUCGGACGCCAGUCAACUCAGUCAGCAUCAUAAUAACGUUCAGAAUAAAUUACCAGUACCACCACCUCCAGUAACUGUUAAAACAGAGGCUGGAUCUGACACGGAAAAUAAAACGGACGUUGGACAAAUUAAAUCUGAAGAAGAAAUCAAACGUGAAGAGGAAGAUAAUGAAGACGGCAAUGGCGUUGCAGAGGGCGAGCGCGAGGGCGAGUGGGAGCCGGCAGCUAAGAAGCGACGUUCGAGCGAUGAAGACGAAGCGCCCAAGAAGCAAGCGUUACGAGCUCACCUUGCUUUGCAACUGACACAUCAUUCAGCAAAGGUGCUAAAGAAACCGCUGUACCCAGUGCGACCGGCCCCGUUCACGCAAGUGCCGAACGCCGGCUGCCCGUGGCUGGACCGCGAGGCAAUUCUAUGCGUCUUCGCCAAGCUGACGCCCCACGAGCUGGCCACUUGCGCGCUCGUGUGCAAGACCUGGGCUGAGUAUUCCAUGGACCCGUCCCUAUGGCGCAGCAUGUCGUUCGUGCAAGUGCGCGUGUCGGCGGCGCAGCUGGCCGGAAUCGCGCGCCGCCAGCCGCUCAGCCUGGGGCUCGAGUGGUGCCAUCUGGCGAGACGGCAGCUUGCUUGGUUACUGGCUCGUCUCCCUGCUCUUCGGUCUCUCUCUCUAGCCGGGUCACCAGCGGAGGCUGCAUUGGCGCUCCGAUCCAGCUCUUGUCCACCCCUCACAGCCCUGGACCUCUCCUUUGCCAGGUGUCUAGACGACUCCAAGCUGAGGGGUAUACUCGCACCACCAGAGAACUCGAGACCAGGUGGUGGAGCACGAUCUGGCACUGAGCCGUCCAGGCUGGCUGCUCUGGCUGUCCUGCGUUUACCCGGCACCGAUAUUACUGAUGUCGCCAUGCUGUAUAUUGUGCAGGCACUUCCAAAGCUAUGCGAGCUAGACGCAUCAUCGUGCGCGCGUCUCACGGACGCGGGCGCGGCGCAGCUCGCACACCACGGCCUGCAGCGGCUGUCGCUGGCUGGCUGUCGGCUGCUCACUGAGGCCACUCUCGAUCAUCUCGCCAGGUGUCCGAAUCUUGUUAGAUUGGAUCUCAGGCACGUACCUCUCGUGUCUACGCAAGCUGUUAUCAAAUUCGCCGCUAAGUCCAAACAUAAUUUACAUGUUAAGGAUGUGAAGCUUGUUGAGUUACGGAACACC